GAGAUGCUUUGAUUGUAUACCAAAACGGUCUGCCACAGCUUGCAGACACCGCCUACUGCGCAGCCGCAGCCCAGAUGACGAAGAUGGUGCUCAUCAAGGAAUACCGUGUCGUGUUGCCGGUCUCUGUUGAAGAGUAUCAAGUAGGGCAGCUGUACUCUGUGGCCGAGGCCAGCAAGAAUGAGACAGGAGGAGGAGAGGGCAUUGAAGUGCUGAAGAAUGAGCCGUACGAGAAGGAAGGGGAGAAGGGACAAUAUACACACAAAAUCUAUCAUCUAAAGAGUAAAGUUCCUGGCUAUGUGAAGAUGAUCGCACCAGAGGGAGCAUUAGUUUUUCACGAAAAAGCUUGGAAUGCUUACCCCUACUGUCGCACUAUUGUGACGAAUGAGUACAUGAAAGACGACUUUAUGAUAAAGAUCGAGACGUGGCACAAACCCGACAUGGGAACAGUAGAAAACGUCCAUGACCUGGAUGAGGAGACAUGGAGGACCGUGGACGUGGUGCGCAUAGAUAUUGCAAACAAAGACGAAGUGUCGCCAGGGGACUACAAGCCAGAAGAAGAUCCUGCCCUUUUCCACUCUGCCAAGACAGGCAGAGGACCUCUAGGUCCCGAUUGGAAGAACGAGCUGAAGCCAGAUUGUCCUUACAUGUGUGCAUAUAAACUGGUCACUGUCAAGUUCCGAUGGUGGGGUCUGCAGACCAAAGUGGAAAACUUCAUCCACAGGCAAGAAAAGCGAAUUUUCACCAACUUCCACCGUCAGCUGUUCUGCUGGAUUGACAAAUGGGUGGGUUUGACCAUGGAGGACAUCCGGCGGAUGGAGGAGGAAACCCAGAAAGAGCUAGAGGAGAUGCGUCAGAAAGGUGAUGUGCGAGGCACCACUGCAACAGACGAGUAGAGGCUCUGCACUGUAGGCCAGACACUAGAGGCAGGCUGACUGCGUAAAACAGGUCCGAUUCGAGGCACCAGUGCUGCUCAUGAGCAGUGAGGCAAAUCAACCAAACCCUGUCAUGAUGAUGUCAUCAGAGACGUGCCCACCCCACUGAGAAAGUGGCCCUGACUUCACCUCUUCUCGUCCUGUCUCACAUGAUUCAUUGGGGGGGUUUGAUAAGAUUGGUUAACAGUACUGUACAGAUCCCCUCCCCGUCACAAGCCUCCUGUUCACUCAGUUAACACACACACACACAAAAAAAAUAAGAAAAUGUAAGAAAAAAAAAACAUGUUUUUGCAUACAUAUAAAAAACAAAAAAAAAUUUGCACAGAACAUAAAUUGCCUGAUAUGUAAUUGUUAGUUGAUUCUAAUGGGCUUUGUUUUUAUUCAGGUCUGUAAACCAUGACUCCAGAAGCCAAGCCUUUUAAAUUAGAAUGUUGAUUUUAGCUUCACAGGUCCUCACCAGACAUUGGUCUGUUCAUUUCAGCGGGUGUUGGACCUUUUCUCUCGCUACCCUCUCUUGUAAUAUAACGGUGUCUAUUUUACUCCCCUGUCUUUCCCCUCAGUAUGCUCCAUAUGUUUUGUCCUCAUAGCCGUUUGUCUGCGCUCCUCUGCUCCAUCCUGCUGUCCCUUCUGUCUGGCAGUUUGCUGGGAAUCCUUUCUCCCACAGUUUGAUAGCCGAGGUGGUCGCGCGUCUCAAGUGAAAUGAAAGAGAGUUUUAUCAUCCAUGAUUUUUCCUCCUCGGUUUCCCGCGUUCAACACGUGCCCUCGCGUGUCGUCAGAGUGCAUGUGGUCGGCGUGAAGUGUCGUACCUGUCGCUGCAUGUAGUGGCUGCGGUGCAGCGUCGUUCAGAGUGCAAGGGAGCACCUUCUCCGAGAGGCGCUUGUGUCGGCGCGUGUGUUCGUGAGCUCGUCAGUGUUUUCCAACUGCCUUCGCUCUAAAAGGACGGUCAUUUCUUGGACUGAGCUGGGCAGCUUCAAAUCCAGGUUAAACCAGCCUUCUGAAUUUUGCCUCCCUCAUGCUGUCGCUGCAUGGCCUUUCUCCUCGGCUAGGGCUUUAAGCGGGCGGCUCGCGCAGCCUCCGCAGCGAAACAAAGCAGAGCUGAAGUGUGAGUGUGCAUUGCUGCGUGCAUGAAUCAGGUUAGGGUUUUUAUAUCUAAUUAUAUAUCCUAAUCAGAAAAUUUCUCAACUGUCAGAAAUGGGUCCAGGCAGAUCUGCCGUGUCUGUUGGAGAUUUUUUUUGUUUGUUUGUUUUUGGUCUAUAUGCAAUUAUUUUCCCGAGCUUCUUGUAAAGUCAGCCUAAACCUUUUUCUGCUGUUUCUGGCUAAGGAUGAAAGUUGCUUUUGUUUUUAAAUAGCCUUGCAGUUUAGAUCGACUCCCACUUCUUUGCCUACAUUACAUGGGAUAUUAACAUCUGAAGAUUGGUUCAGAUGUUUUUAUUUUGAGCUUGGGGUAAAACAUAAUUAGUGUUGUGGCUUAAAGGCUUGCGAUCUGGUCUGAGUGUCUCUAAAACUUUUGGGUUUUGUCACAUGAAGUGUGUGGUUGACGUAAAACAGCUAAAUGAAAGCUAUACUGUAACUGUACUCUAUUAAAUUCAACGACGAAGUGGACAGCGUGUAGAUAGAAACUUCCCUGGGCUUUUCACGUCAUUUUAUAUCGUACAAAUCUUAAUUUCUGAACGGCAGGGAAAUAUCAGCCCUGCAGGCAGUGUGUAAAGUGGAGCCAACUGUACCUCAUCCGUGCUUAUGAAUGUGUAGCUACACAGACAAGGGACGGCUGUUAGAGGACGUUCCUGAUAUGCAGGGACACCGGCAUGUUUUACACGUGCACAAGCAUGACUGAUCCAUGAUAUCACCAGUACAUGAGGACAAACGGUUUGACCCCAGCUAGAUUUGCAUGCUCACUUUUAUUUUAUUUUUAGACCCUUUUUAUUUUGACCACGCUCCAACUUUUACUUGAGCAGCAGCUUUGCGAGUCCCUCAAACCGCAUCAGACAAGGUGGACAGUUCGAGGGCGGGCUUCCCCUCACGAUCAGGCUCCUCCAGCUGGACCUCUGAUCACGAGACGAGGAGUGAAAAGCCUCGGAGUCUGAUGGUGAUGGGAGCCGUCCUGUGCAGUUAAACAAGAUGAGGGAUGCACGGCGUCACCACUGAUGCCAGCCAGUGGAUGCUGUAAGGGGGGAAGGGCUUGAAGCAAAGAAAAGAGAUGAGUCCAAAAAUACUGUUUUCUUACUGUAAUCAUGAAUAAGCACUUGCAAGAUCUUAUGGGUUUUUUAUGUUUUUUGUUUGUUUUGUUUUUGAAAGACAAAGAUUCACAAUGUAUUCGAUUUUCUCUUUCUGAUAAGGCAAACAUUCAGGGGAAUUAGUAGUGAAUGUAAUACAAUUAGUACCUUUUUCCUUGUUCACAGCUUUCAGGCUGUGAAGGAAGGUCUAGACAAUGGAGCGUAACAGAAUAUCUAAUAAAUUUGAAGAAAUAAAA